AUGACUCUGGCUGCUUACAAAGAGAAGAUGAAGGAGCUGCCUCUCGUCUCCUUGUUCUGCUCCUGCUUCCUCUCGGACCCCCUGAACAAACCCGCGUACACGUAUGAAGGUAGGAGCCCCGAUGUGGGUGGGAUGCGCCCGUGCCGGCAGUCAGCCCUUGCCCCUCUCCCAGCAGACACCGUAGACCUCACCUGGUGCGUCAUCUCUGACAUGGAAGUCAUCGAGCUCAACAAGCGCACCUCGGGGCAGUCCUUCGAGGUGAUCCUGAAGCCCCCGUCCUUUGACGGCAUCCCCGAGUUCAACGCCUCCCUGCCCCGGCGGCGCGACCCAUCCUUGGAAGAGAUCCAGAAGAAGCUGGAGGCGGCGGAGGAGAGGAGGAAGUACCAGGAAGCCGAGCUGCUGAAGCACCUGGCGGAGAAGCGGGAGCAUGAGCGGGAGGUCAUCCAGAAGGCCAUCGAGGAGAACAACAACUUCAUCAAAAUGGCCAAAGAGAAGCUGGCGCAGAAGAUGGAGUCCAACAAGGAGAACCGCGAGGCGCACUUAGCGGCCAUGCUGGAGCGCUUGCAGGAGAAGGACAAACACGCAGAAGAAGUGAGGAAAAACAAGGAGCUCAAGGAAGAAGCCUCCAGGUAAAGAGGCGAUGCUUGGACUGACAGCUCCGGGGAGGUGGCGGAGGCUGCCGCAGCGCAAGGCCGGCCGG